GGCUCAUGCAGUGGUCCAAUCCCUCUGCUGCCGCCCCAGGCGGCGCGAGGUGCCCCUUCCGUGCCCGAUGCAGCGGACGACCGCUGGGCCGCACCCGACGCUGGACAGGCCGCACCGGGCGCAGGAUCGCUCCGCGGUCGCGCCCCAGAGGGACCACCACGCCGCGGGCGCACCCUCCUGGGAACGCCCGCUCGGCGCCCGCCACUUCAGCCAGGCCAGCGUGUCGGCCCUGUCUGUGGCUGGGGCGGCGUGCCACAGCGAGCGCCGCCUGGAACCAGGCUUCGACGCAGCGUUUCGCACGACGCCACCAGCGCCGGCGGCGCUGCGCGAGCCGCCGGUCGGCACGCCUUCCCGUGUGGAGGGUCCGCCGCGGCAGCUGCCGGCGCCAGACAAGCUCGACUGCCUAGGCGUUCCUUGCGUGGCAGACUUCCUCCGGAGCCCCUCUUACGACGGCGGCGGCGGAGUGGAGGAGUGGCCGCUCCUAGAGCAGCAAAAGCAGUUCAACUUCGUCGGCUUCGGCAAAGGGGGCUACAAGCAGACCUGGAAGUACGUCGGCCAUGGCCACGGCGAGUUCGACUUGACCCCCCAGGUGCCGAGAAAGAGGCGGCCGCGCUGGUGGCAGAUGUGCCACCCAGCAGCGCAUUGGCUCUGUGUGCCCUGCUGCGCAUGCUGCAUCCUUCUUGCCCUCCUCUGGGCGUCCCACGCGGCCACGCCCAGCGAGGCGACCACAGCCCCGUCCGCCACCUUUCCGCCUGCGGGGGCACAGAGGGAGCCAUACGACUGUCUGGCCAACUUUACCGACUGGGAGAACGCCUGGAGCGAGGGGCAGCAGUCGUGGUGCUGCGACCACUAUGACCGGGGCUGUGCUGCGAGGAGAGCGUCGCUGUUCGAUUGCAACGACAGGCUCGACCAGUGGGAGGACUCCUGGUCCCUAGACAAGAAGGUAUGGUGCUGCCGCCACCGCAAAAAGGGGUGCGACCACCACAGCGCCACGAACCCCGACGCUUUCGAGUGCCGGCUGGACGAUGUCGGGGCGGCGGGCUGGUCUGACGAGAAGAGGGCGUGGUGCUGCCCGCACGCCGGGGCAGGGUGCCCUGCUACCACCGCGCAGGUGUCCACCACCACGCAGGUGCCCGAGACGGGAAACGACGCUGAGCCCAGCACGGCUCCGAGUGGCUAAGCUCUCUCACCACCCGCUCUGCGGGCCAGCGGCUCUUCUGAGCCGCUGCAGGGGCUCCCCGCGGGCUCCACGAAGUCUUCUCUCGCGUGGGUGGCGCACUGGCAGGCGGGCUGGUCCCCCGGUAAGCAGGCGUGGUGCUGCUGCCGCAGGGGCGUGGCCUGCCCGGUGGAGGCGCCCGCAGCGCCGACGCCGGAUGCGUAGGCAGCCGACCUAGACUUUUGGCGGGUGGUUAAGAGGGGGUUUGGACCCCUUCCUCGGAGCCGGAAUGUUGCAUCCCGAGUCGUCUUUAGACGGCCCCGGGCCUGGCACGGGCCCAAGGGCUCCCGGAGACCCGAGAGCAGCCCGAGACCUCCCGCCGUGCUCUGCUUCGCGACGGGAGGGGGGCUGGGUAGCCGAGCCGUGGCGCAGGGGCCGCCACCGCCGCCGCGGGCCGCCUCCCAAGACGGGGCCGGCGCCUGCGCUAGGUUCAUGUCGUGCCGACGCGGCGGCGACCGCAAAGCGGACGUGGAAGGUUGAACGCCGCCAGUGG